AUGUUCCCCUGCCAUUCUUCAAUACAGGAGGUGCAAUUCCGGGCUAGCUCAGACCUGGUGGACGCCGUGCUCAAAACACAAAGCAGCGCCCCCAAGGCUGGAAAGCGUGAAGAUGGCGAAGCAGUGGUGGCUGCCUACUCCCCCACCACGGGCUACACGCUGAAGCGGUUGGUAAAGGGUCUGGCCUCGGGCAAUGCGGGCGCCCGCCAGGGCUUUGCCCUUGCCCUGACCCUCCUGCUGAAGAGGCUGCCGGGCAUGACUGCAGACGACGCUGUGCUCCUCCUGGCCUCCUAUCUGGAGGCGCCCUCUGCCUCCAAGGGCGCCGAGACGCGGGACUACCUGCUGGGGCGCACCUUUGGCAUUGGAGCCAUUGUUCAGGCUCGCGUUCCCGCCAGCACAGCGUGCAAAGCGGAGAUGAUCGACCAGCUGCUGGAUGCGGGGGUGCUCAAGUCCUUCCUCCGCGAGGCCGCAGCCACCGUCAUCCUCGACCUCGUUGCGUCGGAGACGGAGGAGAGCGUGUCGGCACUGCUCUCGGCCUGCGCCCCGCUGUCUGCCGCCCUGAGUGCGUCCAUCGACCAAUCCACCCCAGAGACGGGCGCCGCCACAGCCGCCGCGAGCGCCGCUUUCUUCGCCGCGCCGCACCUCACCACGCUGGUUCCCCUGCUCACCUUCACCACGGCCAACCACCCCGCGCUGCACAGCCUGUGGACGACCCUGUUGGCCUUCCUGUGCCCGGGGGAGGGGUCUGUGAUCGCCGACGCUGCGCUGGAGGCCCUCUGGAUGCGGGUCGUGGAGCCGGAGCUGGUGGGGUCGGGCUCCCAUGCUCGCAAGUACCUCUCCAUCACCCUCUUCCUGCGCCUCCUGCCCCACCUCACGGCGGACAACGUGGCCACCGUGCUGUCACCACCCUUCCUGCGCUUCCUUUCCACCAACGUCUCGCAGCGCAAGGCCUACCUGCACGCCUCCGCGCACAGGUGCGAGCUCGCGCUCGUCGCCGCGCUCUCCGGCGACGACGCGGAUCUCGCGCUGGCCGUCUCCCUGGCGCUCCAGCGGGCGGGCGGGUCGCUCUGGGACAGGAGUCUGGACGCCGCCCAGCUCGCUGAGCUGGUGGAGCGGCAGGUGGCUGUCAUCUCCAGCGCAUGCGGCGCCCUGACCCUCGAUGACGAGGAGGCCGGGGAGGAGGGAGCUCCUCCCCUCGAGGCCCCAGCCGCCGCCACGGCGGCCCUGGAGUCGCUGUGGGCGGCGGUGAAGCAGGAGAGCGCGACGGAGGAGUCGCGGCAGGCAGUCUUCAGGCUGUUGGCUGCCCUGGCUUUCCUGGAGCCUGGCCAGGAGGCCCCGACGCCCCAGCCCACACGUGGCAGCAGGGCCAAGGCCGCUGCGAAGCCCGGCAUGGAGGACCCCACCAUGCAGACCCUGAGGGCGGCCGGCGCCAGUGGUGCAGCCCUGCGGCCCCUGGCCGCCGCCCGCCUGAUUGCGCUGGCCGACUUCCUGGCCAAGCGCCCCGUCGCGCCGGGGUCCGCGGCGCCCAGCCCCCCUCUCGCUGACCUGGUGGCCUGGGUGGAGGGGGCGCUGAGCUCCGGCCACGCGCGCCUGGCGCGCGUGGGUGCGGGCGCGCUUUCCUCCAUGCAGCCCCUGCGCGAGGCGCUGUCCAGGGCCACGGCGUCGGCCGACGCGGGCGGGCGGGGUCGCGUGGCGGCGCUGACGCACCUGGCGUUGCUCCUGCAGUUGUACGAGUGGGCGGACCCCAGCGUGGUCGACCCCGGGGUUGGGCCGGACCUGGCCGACGUGGUGGACAGGGCGCUGUGCCAGGCCGGCGCCGAGGUUGACGGGCCCCGAGCCGGGGUCAACGGCGACGCAGCCCCCGCCUGGCACGACACGCUGGUGGACGUGGUGCUGAGCCUGCUGGCCCGGCCGUGCUCGCCGAUGCCCUCCGCGCCGCUGCGCAACGCCGCCGAGUCCGUCUUCCGCGUCUUUGCCACAGACCUGACGACCACAGGCCUGCAAGACCUGUUGCGUGUGCUGGCCAGCUCGGCGGGCGGCCCGGAGGAGGUGCUGGGCGCUGCCUCUCCCAGCGGACAGGGCAACGACAGUGACGAUGGGCUGGGCGCGACUGACGCCGAGAUGUUCCGCAUGGACGCCAAGCUGGCAGCCUACUUUGCCACGAUAAAGAACGGCAAGGGGGGGAAUGCCAAGGCAGCUGCAGAGCAGCUGGACCAGUUCAAGCUUCGGGUCGUCACGCUAUUGGAGUACUUCCUGAAGAGGUCACCUGCGUCGCCGCUGGUGCCCACUGCCGCGGUGCCCAUGCUGAACGCCCUGGCUGUGGCGGCCAAGCCCAGUGGGUCCCAAGUCCUGUCACAGAGACUGGCCGGCCUCAUCAACUCCAAGCUGGUGAAGACCAAGCCUGGGGCAGCCGGCGUGUCGGCCUUCGAGCCAGAGGACCUGGCGGCGGCGCUCAAGAGGUCGCUGUACCUCGCCUCCCGCAGCGCCGACCCCGUGGUGGAAAGCGCGGCGCGCGCAGUGUACACCUUCCUGCAGCGCGCCGCCGCGGGCCAGCACAGCGCCGGCGACGGCGCGCGGGCGGUCGCGGCGCUGGAGUCGGCGCAGGCGGCAGCCCGGGACGUGCUGGCCAGCAGGCGGACGCGGCUGGACCGCGCUUUCUUCGCCAACCUGCUGGGGCGCGUGCCCACUCUGGCCCCGCAUCUGCUCCCGGGUCUGCUCCGGGGCUGCAGCGGCGCGCGCAGCGAGUUCGUGCGCGCCGAGGCGGUGGCGCUGACGCAGCUGGCGCUGAGGACGGGGCAGGCCGGCGUGGCCGGCGUGCUGGGGGACCGAGUCGCCGAUGUGCAGGCCCUCCUGCUGUCCGCCUGCGACCGCGGCGUCUUUGCCAAGCCGGCGCGGCAGGCGGAGGCGGCGCGCCUGGCCGCCCGCAUGGCGGCCACCCUGCUGCCGGAAAGGAGGUGA